GGCGGGCGCUGAGCAAGCCCGAGACUCUGGAGCCGGCGGCGGUGCUGCGGCUGGGAGGGAGUGCAGCGAGAACAGUGCGGCCGGGUGAGGAUUCCGCGGCCAGACCAGCCGGCUGCGCCGCGGCGACGUUCCCGCGGGCGCUAGGGACCUGCGGAUCGCGGCACAGGAAAACAACUCGCAAGGCAAAAAAGCACAUCUCAUGGAUGGAACAUGGUGAAGUGGUUACGAGAACAGACUUUGGAGCCAGACUGCCUGGGUUUGAAUUGCGCGGUUUCAGAUUUCUGCUUGGCAGAUUAACCAACGGCAGGAGGGGCUGAUUUGUCUACAUUCUGGGUACUGCCCUUGGCAAGCCACCUAUAACAGACCCUGGACCCAAGUCUACCGUACUACCCCUACCCCAGCCCGCCCCAGACAGUAUUCUGGGGUUCACCUGAGGUCAGCAGUGUGAAGAUGACCAGUGCCUUUUUAGCAUGACGACUUUGGACCAUGUGAUUGCCACCCACCAGUCAGAGUGGGUCUCCUUCAGUGAAGAGCCACCCUUUCCCGCCCACUCGCAGGGGGGCACAGAAGAGCACCUCCCAGGAUUGUCAUCUUCCUCAGACCAGUCUGAGAGCUCCUCUGGGGAGAACCAUGUGGUGGAUGGAAGCUCUCAAGACCAUUCCCACUCGGAGCAGGAUGACUCCUCUGAAAAGAUGGGCCUCAUCUCUGAAGCAGCUUCCCCACCUGGGAGCCCUGAGCAGCCCCCACCUGACCUGGCCUCAGCCAUCAGCAACUGGGUUCAGUUUGAAGACGACACACCCUGGGCUAGCACAUCUCCACCUCAUCAGGAAACAGCCGAGACAGCCCUACCAUUGACCAUGCCCUGUUGGACAUGCCCUUCCUUUGACGCCCUGGGGAGAUGCCCUCUGACCUCUGAGAGCAGCUGGACCACCCAUUCUGAAGACACCAGCAGUCCUAGCUUUGGAUGUUCGUAUACAGACCUGCAGCUCAUUAAUGCUGAGGAGCAGACGAGUGGCCGGGCUUCUGGGGCUGACUCGACUGACGAGAGGACCGAGUGGCAGACAGGCAGGCAGACGGCAGUGAGUCCUGUUCAAGCAUGCUCGGAGCAUACCUCCACCCACACCCACCGCCUGGACCCCUCGCCACCCUCUCCCCAGUCCAGGAGGAGCCAGAACCCCUGCGAGGGUCCGGAGGGGGCCUCUGCUCCCAAUGACAAUUCCUCCUCGAUCCAGGAAGAUGAAGAAGUAGAGAUGGAGGCCAUCAGCUGGCAGGCCAGCAGUCCAGCCAUGAAUGGGCACCUUGCCCCUCCAGUGACCUCUGCUCGUUUUCCCAGCUGGGUCACCUUUGAUGACAAUGAAGUCAGCUGCCCUUUACCUCCAAUCACCUCUCCUCUGAAGCCAAAUACACAACCAAUUCCAUCUGUGAUCCCAGAUACAUCUUAUAAUUCAGUAGGAUCAUUUAAAAAGAGGGACCGUCCCAAGAGCACUUUGAUGAACUUCUCCAAAGUUCAGAAGCUGGAUAUUCCCUCUUUAAACCAACCGCCUUCUGUAACCGAGGCUCCACCGUGGAGGCCAACCAACCCUUUCCUGAAUGAGACUCUGCAGGAUGUACAGCCCUCCCCUAUCAACCCUUUCAGUGCGUUCUUUGAGGAGCAGGAAAGGCGCUCCCAAAACAGUUCCAUUUCCAGUACCAAGGGCAAAAGCCAAAGAGAUUCCCUCAUUGUCAUCUAUCAGGAUGCCAUCAGUUUUGAUGAUUCGAGCAAAACCCAGUCACACUCUGACGCUGUUGAAAAACUCAAACAACUCCAAAUUGAUGACCCUGAUCACUUUGGCAGUGCAGCUCUACCUGAUGAUGACCCAGUAGGCUGGAUUGAACUAGAUGCUCACCCGCCUGGAUCAGCACGGUCCCAGCCGAGGGAUGGAUGGCCAAUGAUGCUGAGGAUCCCCGAGAAGAAAAACAUCAUGUCCUCCCGGCACUGGGGACCGAUCUACGUCAAACUGACAGAGAGUGGUUACCUGCAGCUGUAUUAUGAGCAGGGCCUAGAGAAACCAUUCCGCGAGUUCAAGCUGGAGAUGUGUCAUGAGAUUUCAGAACCCCGGCUUCAAAACUAUGAUGAGAAUGGCAGAAUCCACAGCUUGCGGAUAGACCGUGUCACCUAUAAGGAGAAGAAGAAAUACCAGCCCAAACCUGCUGUGGCCCACACAGCAGAGAGGGAACAGGUGAUUAAGCUGGGCACCACCAAUUAUGAUGACUUCCUGAGCUUCAUCCGUGCAGUUCAGGACCGUCUCAUGGAUCUGCCAGUGCUGUCAAUGGACUUGAGCACAGUUGGCCUGAACUACCUUGAAGAGGAAAUCACAGUGGAUGUCAGAGAUGAAUUCUCUGGCAUUGUGAGCAAAGGAGACAACCAGAUUCUCCAGCACCACGUCUUGACGCGGAUCCACAUCCUGAGUUUUCUGUCUGGGCUGGCAGAGUGCCGCCUGGGCCUCAAUGACAUCCUCGUCAAAGGGAAUGAAAUAGUUUUGAGGCAGGACAUCAUGCCCACCACCACUGCAAAGUGGAUCAAGCUCCAUGAGUGCCGCUUCCAUGGGUGUGUGGAUGAGGACGUAUUCCACAACUCACGGGUCAUUCUGUUCAACCCUUUGGAUGCAUGCCGGUUUGAGCUAAUGCGGUUCAGGACAGUGUUUGCCGAGAAGACCUUGCCUUUCACACUCAGGACGGCCGCAAGUGUCAAUGGGGCGGAGGUGGAGGUGCAGAGCUGGCUGAGGAUGUCAACUGGCUUCUCCUCCAAUCGUGACCCCCUCACUCAGGUUCCCUGUGAGAAUGUGAUGAUCUGUUACCCUGUGCCCAGUGAGUGGGUGAAAAACUUCCGCAGGGAAAGUGUCCUGGGGGAAAAGUCUUUGAAAGCCAAAGUGAACCGGGGGGCGAGUUUUGGCUCCACUAGUGUUUCUGGCUCUGAGCCUGUCAUGAGAGUAACUCUGGGAACUGCCAAGUACGAGCAUGCCUUCAACUCCAUUGUGUGGAGGAUAAACCGACUGCCCGACAAAAACUCAGCUUCCGGUCACCCACACUGUUUCUUUUGCCACCUUGAACUUGGUUCUGACCGGGAAGUGCCUUCCAGAUUUGCCAGUCACGUGAAUGUCGAGUUCAGCAUGCCCACAACUUCUGCCUCCAAAGCCACCGUGAGAUCUAUCUCCGUGGAAGACAAGACUGACGUCAGGAAGUGGGUCAAUUAUUCUGCACACUACAGCUACCAGGUGGAAAUUGAGCAAAAAAAGAGUUUGAAGUCAGAGUUUGAAGGAGAUGAAAUGGAAAAUCCCAAAGAGUGUGGAGUGCAGUGACAAAGCCUUGCGGCAAGGAAUCCUGAUCCCAGAGUCAUGAUAAGGUGUCUUCCUGAGUACAUGAAGUUUAAGUCAAUAGCUGCUGUGGCCUCUCCAUGUUGGGAACAGUGGACCAGAUCUUCCUGUUUGCAGUUACUUGUAUUUUACCAGGAAACCCUGAGAAUGGUGGCUUUUGGAGAGGCUCUUUGAUUCUGGUCAUGCCUGAAGCAUGUGGUUCACCUGACUGUUGGAGCUUACUAUAUUAUUAAGCCCUCUUAUGUUGUCUCUGCUAAUCUCGCAGCACUGGUAUGUGGUUUGUUGUGACUGUUAGAGUCAGGAAGAGAACCUCCCACAUCAGUGAUGGCACGAUUCCCUUCUGAUGUUCAUCUGUCUCUCACUUAAGUUUCUGGAAAAGGCAGUCUUGAGAAGUUAAUUAAGAGUCCAUCUCUUUCACUCCAUCUAGAAAAGGUUCAGAAAAUGUGCAAAACAAAUUUCCUCUUUGGGUCUUACUAGACUUUUUGGAGGUGUCUGUCUCCAUUCUUUAGAUGUUAACACUGUGCAACAGAAGUUUCCAGGACAUUUCCUCCUGGCUCUGCAUUGUUUAUAUUAGAACACUUUUUCCAUCUCUCUAGGGUUUCAGUCACAGGAUUUGCUAUCCUGAGUCACAAUAGACAAUGGGAAGAGGCACAAUAGGAGACUUUAAUUCUGUGAAUGGACCCACAUUCUGUAAAAUGGCUGUUGAGGGGAAGGCAAAAUUAAGCUUAGUUUUCUUCUCUCUGGAGAAAAGAGACAUUAAAUGUAAGAUGAUGUUCAGUUCAAGAGGUAGAUUCAAUCUCAGUGAGUUCCCAAAUUCACACUGAAAAAUCGUCCACUUCUGAUUCCUGAAACAAAUAUAUGUAAUACCUCAGGCAUUUGUAAAGGCAUUUGGGAGUUCUUGUUACACCUCAUGACCAAUAGACAGUUGCAUGUCCCUUUAACCCAAACUUUAUAGAAAAUUUAAGCUGCAGUGAUAAUUUUUAAAACUGUUUUGAAAUUAAGCUUGAAUGAGCUUUCCCCCAGAAUUUAGAUUUUGAUCAUCGCAGUAUUGUAAUGGAUUGAGAAAGCAACUCUAGGGUAGAGAUAGGAAAAGCCAUAUUUUUCUAAUGUUGGGAACAUUAAAUCCUGAUUGCAGGAGUCAGGACACUCACGUCAUCUUUUUCUUCAUCUGUUUCUGGGACACUUAAUCUUCUUUUUCUUCAUCUCUUCCUAAUCACCUGUUUCUUAUUUGUGUCUUGGUGUCUCUCCCAUGAAGACUAGAGUCAGGGGACAGAAGACACACUUUAUCACAUUUGUAGAUGAUACAGAAGUGAACAACAUCUCCAGGUUUUGGCUGAUGGAUUCAAGAUUAAUGGAUUCAAUGAGCAAUCAUUGGAUUCUAAGUAUGUAUUGACACUGGGAUAUAGAAAUAGUUACAGUAUUUUGAAAUAUCUAAACAUAGGCCGGGCGCAGUGGCUCACACCUGUAAUCCCAGUACUUUGGGAGGCCAAGGCGGGUGGAUCACGAGGUCAAGAGACCGAGACCAUCCUGGUCAACAAGGUGAAACCCCGUCUCUACUAAAAAUACAAAAAUUAGCUGGGCAUGGUGGUACGCGCCUGUAGUCCCAGCUACUCGGGAGGCUGAGGCAGGAGAAUUGCUUGAACCCAGAAGGCGGAGGUUGCAGUGAGCCGAGAUUGUGCCAUUGCACUCCAGUCUGGGUAACAACAGUGAAACUCCGUCUCAAAAAAAAAAUAUAUCUAAACAUAAGACUGAAACUAAAAGAAUGAUUAAAUAGGCAUUAAUGAGAAACCCUAUAGUGGGGUUUUUUUUUUUAAAUGAAACCCUCUAGUGUGUGUUUGUGGAUGUGUGUUUAUGUGUGUGGUGUCAAUGUGAAGGGUGUUAGGAAGAUCUGGUGUCACAGUAGUUUAUAGAGAAAUAUUUCCUUACAGAAAUGGAGGUUUAAUUUUGAAUAUAUCAUGAAAUAUAUCAGAAAUAUAUCAUGGCUAUUCACAAAGCUAAUGUGUUCAGCUGGUGUUAAUAAAAGCUUUGCUUGCUUUUAUUAACCCUCCAUCUAGUCUACAUCUAAAUGGAGUGUUGGGUUCAUUUAUGGGUAUCAUAGUUUAAGAGAGACAUUAAUAAGUUGAUUGUGUCCAGAGGCAGGUGAACAGGCUUGUAAAGGGUCUGAUUAUACAAGAACAAGGGAAUAGCUUCCCUGAAGGAACAGAAGAUAUAGCUGGAAAGGGAGUGCAGACAGGGAGGGAAUGAUAUCAUAGCUGCCUCAAAAUUUCUGUUGAGCUAUAAAAAGGAAGAGGAAUUAGAUUAUUUUGUGUAGCUUCAAAGGGCAAAAAUAAGAACAAAGUGGAACUCUACAGAUGACAAGUAUUUGCUUCAAUAUAAGGAAGAAUUUUCUAAUAAGGGUUGUUGUAAAGAACAAUAGACUCAAUUUAGUAAAAUUUCCAGUUCCUGUGAAUGCUCAAUCGUUAAAAUAACCACCUAUCCCACAGGCUGUGAAAGGGAAUCUUACAUUGGAUUUAUUUGGUCAAUAUGUCUACCAAGAUUCCUUCUAAAUAUAGGUUUAGUCUCAAUAGUAAUAAGACUCUCUAACUUCAGUUGUCUUUUUCUUCAUAAGUGAUUUUUCAUGCUCUUUAAAAUACAGUGGAGUUCCUUUGAGGAUUUCAACGCAUAUCUCUUCCACUGUUGUACUAAACUUUUGAGAUUGAUUCCUCAUAGAACAUCUAAAUGGAUUGGAGAGUUGGCAAGGGGAAUGUUCAUCCCAGAACCUUCCUUAGUCACUCUGGCUUAGCACUGUGUUAAGAUCUCUGCCUCAUCUGCUGGCAUCACAUGCGGUUUGCUUGUUGGAGCUUAUUUUUCCCCCCAUGGUUAAUUCUCAUUCAUUGCCUGCAUACAUGCACCUGGACUUUUUUUUUUUUUAACCAAGAGUUGGGAAAAAUCCCUUCUAUGCUAUCUAUAUUCUGCAAGCACAUUAUUAUUAUAUUAUAUUAUUAUUAUGUUGAGAUGGAGUUUUGCUCUUGUUGCCCAGGCUGCAGUACAAUGGCAUGAGGUUAGCUCACUGCAACCUCUGCCUCCAGGGUUCAGGCAGUUCUCCUGCCUCAGCCUCCCAAGUAGCUGGGAUUACAGAUGCCCACCUCCAUGCACCGCUAAUUUUUUUAUUUUUAGUAGAAAUAGGGUUUCAUCACAUUGGCCAGGCUGGUCUUGAAUGCCUGACCUCAGGUGAUCCACCUGCCUUGGCUUCCCAAAGUUUUGGGAUUACAGGUGUAAGCCACUGCGCUGGGCCUGCAAAUUAUUAUUAAUUUUUAAAAACCUAACAUCUUAAUUUCAUCAAAUUUGUUUUCCCUCUACUGUUUUUAGGAAACUGAUUAUGAGUAGCAUAUAGGGGUUUGGGGAAUAUAAUACUAUAUAUUUUUAGACAUAAUGAGUAUUUUACUAGGUUUGAAUAACUUCUGUAGAAAACACAAUUGGGCGAAUUACCUAUGUAAUAACCUACACAGAAAACAGUCGGGCAAAUUACCUGUGGAUGCACAGAUUUUACGUUUGCCAUCCUGGACCUGGACUUUAAUUUUGUGUGUGUGUGUGGUCACAAAUAAUCUUUGUUAUCAAUAAUGUGAAAAUAUUAAAAAUGAAUUCAUUUUACCAAUAUAUAGAAUUACUAUUAGAACAUAAAUUGGAUAUCCCAUGGUAUCAAGACCUGUGCUUUCUUUUCAGUCUAGGGCCUGCUUUUUGACAUUGCAGCAAGAAGAUAAGAAAUGUACUCAUUAUGAAAUGUCAGACAAGACAGUUGAGGCACUUUGUGGGGAGACCAUUAGAUCCCCUUGCCUGCUCUUGCAGACAUAGUACUAGUUAUUCCUUAUGAAAAGUUUGCAUUUCAUUUAUAUUAAAUAUUAUCUGGACAGUUUUGUUUUUUCUAUUUAGUUCUUCCUUUAACUGUGCUUUCCUGCCUAUUGGCAGGGUUCAUAAUUCUUGAGAACACUGUUUUAUUUAAAUUUUUUUUUUUUUUUGGAGACGGAGUUUCGCUCUUGUUACCCAGGCUGGAGUGCAAUGGCAUGAUCUCAGCUCACCACAGCCUCCACCUCCUGGGUUCAGGCAAUUCUCCUGCCUCAGCCUCCUGAGUAGCUGGGAUUACAGGCACGCGCCACUAUGCCCAGCUAAUUUUUUUUUGUAUUUUUAGUAGAGACUAGAUCACCAUGUUGAUCAGGAUGGUCUCGAUAUCUUGACCUCGUGAUCCAUCCGCCUCGGCCUCCCAAAGUGCUGGGAUUACAGGCUUGAGCCACCGCGCCCGGCCUAAAAUAUUUUUUAUUUGAAAUGAGACUAAUUUCUAUUCAAAUUGUGACUGGUAAUAAGAGUUUAUUUCCCUAGAAACUUAUGUUUCUGAGAAAUGAGAUCCAUGAAAGCAAGGAAUAUAUAUAAUUUUUUAAUAUUUCCAACAGUUAGCACAAAGCUUGGAAUAUAGCAGGGUUCAGCCACCUUAAAUGCUUGCCGGUAGGGCAAACAUAUACUCAUGAAAUAAAGGAAAAUGAUUAUGUAUUCAAUAAACGUUUGCCAAAAGAAUACUGACCCUGAGACUCUAAGGCUACUUAACCCUUACUUAUCAUCAAAUACUCACAGUUAAAGCCAGCAAGCAUGCUUUUAUUCCCUGAAGGACUUAAAUAAUUUUGCUUUCCUUUUAUUCUUGCCUCCACAGUCAACUCAUAAAACCUGUCAGCACUUAGGCACUUAAUAUGCUGCUGACUUUGAACUACAGUGUGCCUCAUUCACAUUGAAAAACAUUUUUGUGCCCAAAAGCAUAGGAGCAAAGAUGCUGUCCAUAGUCCAGAUUACUGAUUGCUUUGUUCCUGCAAGUCAAACAGAUCUAUGAGCCUGAGCCUUGCCCAUUUCAACGGUCAGUAGGAAAACAAACCAUUUGAUAGAGUGCACAACCAGUGUCAAUGCUAGGUCUUUGCUCUUCCUGGCAUUAACCGCCGACCGUUACUGGGCAUUUAUUUUGUCACCACAGUGAGAUGGACAUCUGACAUAGAAAGGUCGAAAUUUUUAAGAUAAAAUCAUUAUUUCAGAGGUGAUAUAUAUUUCAUAAUAAGUUUAGUAGUGGGAAAACAGAAUGAGCUGAAUUUUUUUCUUAAAAGCCUGGGGAAUAUUAAAUUCAUUUAAGUAGGAAUCAUUGCAAUCCAGCCUACUUACAGAAAUUCUCCCAGUUGGAAUGGUAACUUUAACUCAUCUGAAAAUGAGGAUUACAUGUUAAUUCCAGCAUAUCUAGACCUUGGGUCUGUAAUGUCCAAUCUUUUGGCUUCCCUGGGCCACACAGGAAGAAGAAUAAUUUUCUUGGCCAUACAUAAAAUAAACACUAACAACAGCUGAUGAGCUUUUAAAAAAUGGCCCAAAAAUAGCAUAUAUAUAUAUUUUUUUCUUUCUUUCUUUUCUUUUUGAGACAGAGUUUCACCCUGUCACCUAGGCUGGAAUGCAGUGGCGCAAUCAGCUCACUGCAACCUCCACCUCCCAAGUUCAAGUGACUUUCCUGCCUCAGCCUCCCAAGUAGCUGGGACUACAGGCGUGUACAACCACACCUGGCUAAUUUUUGUAUUUUUAGAAGAGAUGGAAUUUCACUAUGUUGGCCAGCUGGUCUUGAAUGCCUGACCUCAGGUGAGCCACCACACCUGGCCAAAACAGCAUUAUGUUUUAAGAAGUUUAUGAAUUUGUGUUAGACCACAUUCAGAGCCAUCGUGGGCCUUGGGUUGGACAAGCUAGCCUUAAGUCAUGUCAAGAAUGCAAUUUAGGCCAGGCGCAGUGGCUCACACCUAUAAUCCCAGCACUUUGGGAGGCUGAGGUGGGUGGAUCAUGAGGUCAAGAGAUCGAGACCAUCCUGGUCAACAAGGUGAAACCCCGUCUCUACUAAAAAUACAAAAAUUAGCUGGGCAUGGUGGUGCGCGCUACUCGGGAGUAGCUGUAAUCCCAGCUACUCAGGAGGCUGAGGCAGGAGAAUUGCUUGAACCCAGAAGGCAGAGGUUGCGGUGAGCCGAGAUCGUGCCAUUGCACUCCAGUCUGGGUAACAACAGCGAAACUCCGUCUCAAAAAAAAAAAAAAAAAAAAAGAAUGCAAUUUAAAAGGAAUUUCAAACAUAACUAACGAAAAAUUAAAUCUACAGAAAAAUAUCAUUUGGGGCUGGGCACCUUGGCUCACGCCUGUAAUCCCAGCACUUUGGGAGGCCGAGUUAGAUGGAUCACCUGAGGUCAGGAGUUUGAGACCAGCCUGCCCAACAUGGUGAAACCCACUCUCUAAUAAAAGAAAGAAGAAAAAAAAUACUUGGUAAACGCAUUGUCUUGAACACUUCACUACCAAAUCCCAUUAAAACCAUGUCAAUUCUUUACAUAAAAUUAGGGGAUUCUCGCCAAGUUUCUAAAGAUGAUUUUUAAACAUUACCAAUGUUUAAAUGCUAAUUCCAUGAAUCACCAUUUCUUACCUUUUUUUGAGACUGGCUUUAGAUAUCAUGACUCAUAUUUAUGUAUUUAAGGAAUUAAACGUGCAGGAGAUGUAUAAGGCAACCACAAAUGUAGAAAAUAAAUGUAUGUGUUAGUAAUAGUCUCCCAAUUUCCUCUAGUGUGCCGUAGCAAAUCUGCUGGAGAACAUCUUUUUCUUUGUUUUGAGAAUUGAAAAAAAAAUGCCUCUCUCAACUUGGCAAUGCUAAGGCUGUAAAGGCAGAAACUAUCCAUAGUAAUGAGUUUGGUAGUGCUUGGAGAGAGAGGCAAACGAUAAUUGGAUGUAGGAAAAGCUAUAAGAAAACAGACUAAAAAAAAGAAUUUCAAUAUGAAAAAGUAAAUUAUAGAGAGAUGACAAAUCAGCAUUGGGUACCAAGACUCAAAAUACUUUAACUAGAAGCCAUCUCUAAAAGUUAAAAGUAAGAAGCUCUAGGAAAAAUAAAGAUUGCAUAGUAAAAGGGGAUAGAUGACAGAAUUAAUUCAACUCAACAAAUAUUUAUCAAGUGUCUACUCUGGUCAGGUGCUGUGUUAGCAGUCAGCUUCCCUAAAGGGAGGAAAGGCUAGACAUGAGAACACUGAGGAUUGUUUAUAUAAAGUUGCUAAUAGGCGUGCCAUAAUGGAUGGAUUUAAGGGAAAAUUGGGGUUUCUAUGAGUCUUUAAAGGACAUAGCUAUGGAGACAAUCACUUGCUUAAGUAACUUGCUAUUUUCCCAAUUGGGCUUCAGUUUCCUGAAACAAAAAGUGAGGAAGUUAGAUUAAUUGUUUGUUCAAGUCCUUUCUAAUUCUAAAGUUAUGAGUUAUUUUACAAAAUAUCCAUUGGUGCCACCUUUCAGUGACUUCAUAUAUUUGUAAGAACCAAGAAUUUUAAACUAUGAAGAUUAGAAAAAUCAGCUGGUCCAUCUUUUUCCUUUUCAUAUCUUUUUUUUUUUUUUUUUGUCAUUUCCCUAGACAGCAGAAACACAGCCAACCUUCCAAAUCCUCUAUUUUGCAAUUGCCUUCCAAACACAGAUUUAAAAAGAGGAUCAAAGAGGGAUGCUUCUUUGGAAGUUCCACUGCCAUCAUCCAUUAGAGAACAAUGGUAUAAGUGUGAAGAGCUACAGACAGGUCUCCAAAAUGGAUAUUAGGAUUUGGGUACCAUUUGACACAGAAGUAGGUCUAGCCCUCCAAGUACUGAGGAUGCUAGGAUGAUGGUGAUGUGUGUGUGUAUGUGUGUGUGUGUGUGUGUGUGUGUGUGUAUGUCUUAUGUCAUUUUGUAUAAAAUAUUGUGAAAAUUGAAGGAGGACACUCAGUAAACAUCAUCCUGGGACUAUUUGUAAGUUAUAGCAAAACCAGAUGAGAGAAAGGAACAGUCCCCUCUGCAUCCUCACUGUCUCUUAGUCAAUUGUAAUUUAAAAAAAUUUAAAACUAUGUACAAGUUACAAAAUAGCAUCUCCCUUGUGGUAUGUUUGAGUGUGUAAUUUUAGUUUCUUUUCUGGUUGUGCUUGUGGUAGUCAGGUAUGUUGGAUUGAUUCCAACUGGACAGAGUAAGGAAUUCCAGCAUCCUCUUCCUGUUUGCUCCUGUGUUCUCCCUCAGAUCAAACCCUCUGUUCUAGCAGGGGAUGCUGUCUAGUCCCAUACUGUGACUGAAGCCUUAAGUACUGUUGCACCUCCAUGUGCUUUGGAUCAGCAACCCCAGUAGUAUUUUACCAGAGCAGUUCUGGGAAAGCAGAUGUACAGUCAGGUCCCAAGAGCAAACUCUUGGGUGUAAGAGUAAAUAUAGGGGUGGGGAAGGAAAGAGAAGGAUAUGAACUCCUCUAACCUUAAGCCAGCAUUCAUUUAACCUUUAUGUCUGCUUGCCAAGAGAACCUGGAGAAAGCUACCAUAUUCAAUAGAUGAAUCAAAAUCAGUGUUUUAGCCAGGCGGUGACAGAGAAGCAGCAUUUUUCACCCUACAUUCUUGUAAUGUCUAUAAUAAAUGUUAAUGCAUCAGAAUGGAUGAACCCAAGAUCUAGUGAAUGAUUCAGCUGAUCCAAGCCUUGCAUUUUCCAUCAUUUAUCAUCCAUCCUCAUUUAAUGUAACCUCUUGCACUAUUGUGGUUAAUUUUAUGUAAAACCAGUUUAUGUUUUGUUAAAUAUGUGCCUAUGUAAUAAAGUCUACACACUGGCUAUCUCUGUAGAGGUGAGGUUUUGUUUUUAGUUGUUCUACUGAUUAGAUCCUUUUUUGAGCUAUGAAAGUUAUUAAUAAAAAUUUUUGAACAAAGUG